GGAGGAAGCAGGGCUACCACCCCUAGAAGUGUUGGAUUUUGUCUCUUUCUUUCUGCCCCCAUCUCUUCCCUGCAAAAAGAGGUUGAGCAUAGUAGAGCUUGUUCUUCUCACAAUAACAUAUGAACCAGUGUGCUCACUGGUUUUGAGUGUGUGCUGUCAUGGCUCAUGCUACACCCGAUUACCAUGCCGUUCAGAGCUCAAGCCCGAUUACUACUCUUCGUUUCUCUCAGCAGGCACCGGUGAUACUUGAGCAUCAAUUACACUCAGAAAAUAAUCCAAUCUCUACACUAAUAGCUAAACAAGAGGAGCCAGAGAAAUAUGGCAUAAUAGAACAACUGUUCUUCUCCUGUUUACAAACCGGCGAUGAUAGGUCUGCUCUGUUAUGUCUCGAGCAAUUGACACGUCGUUUCGGCUCUUCGAAUGAGAAAGUAAUGGGGCUGCGUGGCCUAUAUGAGGAGGCUAUAGCUGAGAAUCAAUCUGAUCUGGAGGAUUCCCUGCGUAAAUACGAUUCCUCCUUGUUGGAGAACCCGCUUAAUUUGCCCAUUCUAAAGCGCCGUAUCGCGCUUUUGCGUUCACUUGCAAGGCCUGCAGAUGCUAUAACAGGCUUGGUAGAGCUCCUAAAAGCAGUACCUACCGAUGCAGAGGCUUGGUGUGAACUUGCAGAUUUAUAUCAGUCUCAAGGAUUAAGCUCGCAAGCAAUAUUCAGUUUCGAGGAGGCCCUGUUGAUCGCUCCAAAUGCUUGGAACAUUCAUGCUCGCCUUGGAGAAGUUCUAUACAUCUGCGCCCGCGCUGCAGAGACAGAAGUUACCUCUCGGUAUUUGCGAAGAUCUAUCCAGUAUUUUUGUAGAAGUGUCGAGCUAUGUGACGAUUAUCUUAGAGGAUUUUAUGGCUUAAUCUUGGCAACUUCUCUCCAACUUGGCAGAGAAUUUACGAUGGAUUCUACACAGGCGUCAUCGUCAGCAUCAACAGAAGAUUUUUUGCCCAAAGAGAAGGUCGAGAAACUGAAUCUUUUCGCCAGAAGAAAACUUGAGGAUAUUAUGAAACGGCGGUCUAUGGACCGCCAGCUUUGGGAGCAUGCGCAAGGUGAACUCAUUGCAGCGAAAGAGCUUCUCGACCGCGAGUCAUGUUAAGUUAGCACGCAAGCCAGCUUUACGAUGAAUCUGUGAAAUCCUUUAUAUAUGAUGAAUAUCUCCCCCUGUAUUGUUACCUUGUGUCCAGAGCCUUUUCAUUUGGAGUUGAGUUGAAGAGAGGUGUUCAAUUUGUACACUUUCAACCCAAGUCCUAUUAUCGGGAGUCCUUUCAAAUGCCUAGUAGGCUCCAUCCCCACCCCAGCCCGGCCAUUUAGGUUUGCAACAAAUGUGGUUUGACUAAGUG